CCUUGGGCUCAGACGCCCUGCCUGGCCUUUCCUUUUUGUGUCUGUUUUUCUGUUUGAAAAAGAGGCCAAAAGAUAAUCACCUACUUCCCAGGGCAGUUUGGAGACAAAAAUGUGCUAAUUUCCAUGAAAUGCUUAUCACAGAGACUUGGUGAAUCGGGAGCCCAGCCCCCUGGCAGUUCUCACGGCGCUGCUCCUACCUUGGCACAUGGCCCAGGUGAACUGCCGACCGGGUCAGCAGCUCCCAACCUCACGCACCUCCUUGCUCCACAGCCUCGGAGCCGUGUGCUGGCUCUGGGACUUUCUGAGAUGUAGCCGAUAGGUAAGCUUUCCCGUGCUUGUGUCUGAGUCUGUGGCCCGCUGGGACUUCUGUCCUUCCCGCUGCCUCCGUCAGCUGCUUAGUCUACGUGAGGCAAAGGCCAAAGGGCCUGUGGAGGUUUGGUUGCAUCUCUGGGGUCCUGUCUGGUGACACCGAGCAUGGCAGGACAGCAUCUCCCAGUGGUUCCGUGGGUCUGCCGUCUGCCUGUGGAGGACAAGUCCUACGUGCCUGUCACACAGAGAGGUCCCUUCCCUCUAGAAGAUCCGUCUGAAACGUGCGCCUUUCUGCCCCCGCAUCUGUGGGUCGAACGAGGCUAAAUUCAGGGUGCGCUGCUCCGCCAAGGCUCUGCUCACCCCUGCCUGUGGUUUGCCCAUUCCAGGCCGGGUUCUUCUUGCCCCUUAGUGGUGGGGUGGACAGCGCGGCCACUGCCUGCAUCGUCUACUCCAUGUGCCGCCAGGUCUGCGAGGCCGUGAAGCAGGGAAACCAGGAAGAGCUGGCUGACAUCUGGACCAUCAUGGACAAGCUCAGCUACACCCCCCAGAACCCCUGGGACCUCUGCGGGCACGUGCUGACCACCUGCUACUUGGCCAGCGAGAACUCGUCGCAGGAGACGUGUGGUAGAGCCAGGGAGCUGGCCCAGCAGAUUGGCAGGCGCUGGCGCAUUCUGGAACUGGAUGCAGCCCCAAGAGCUCGCCCGCGGAGCGCACACUUUCACAUGGUUGGACGGUGAAUCAGGGGUUGCGUGUGCACACACACCCCAUGCACUCCUGCCCUUUCCCUGGCAACCACCACAUCGGUCUCAACAUCGAGCCCACGGUGACAGCCGUCAUGGGCAUCUUUAGCCUGGUGAUGGGUCGAAGGCCUCUGUUUGGGGCUCACAGAGGGAGCCGCAGGGAGAACCUGGCCCUGCAGAACAUUCAGGCUCAGCUAAGGAUGGUCGUGGCGUAUCUGUUUGCUCAGCUGAGCCUCUGGGCCCGGGGCGCUCACGGAGGACUGCUAGUGCUCGGAUCAGCCAAUGUGGACGAGAGGUGCGCACGCCUGACUCCCAAGGACCCCAGAUUUCCGAGGGAAGACAUGGGCAUGACAUACACGGAGCUGUCUGUCUACGGCCGCCUCUGGAAGGUCGCCAAGGCCGGGCCCUACAGCAUGUUCUGCAGACUCGUCACCAUGUGGAAAGAGGUGGCUGACAGGGUGAGGCGCUUCUCCAAGUACCAGGCAAACAGACACAAUACGACCACACUGACGCCCGAGUACCACGCGGAGAGCUACAGCCCCGAUGACAACAGGUUUGACCUGCGGCCGUUCCUAUACUGCGCCAGCUGGUCCUGACAGUUCCAGUGCAUGGAGGAUGCGGUUGUCCAGCUUGAGAGCAGAGGCCAAAAGGACCUGGAUGGGGUGGACUGACGCGACUCCUGCACAGAGGGCCCCUCCUGUGAGGCUGCCGUGUGGGACCGUGGGUCGGGGCCCAGCCACCCGGGCUGGAAGACCACACCAGCCUCUUGUUUCCUAUCUCACGGGAGAGGGAUCUCUCCAUUCGAGUGCCUUCAAGAAAGGCUCCAAUAAAGAGAAUGUGGUUU